UGGCCCGAGGUGGCCCGGCUGCUGGGUAGCAAGCGGCGCAGUCCGACUCAUCCUCGCCCGGGGAUGGCGUCCCCACGGGAAUUAACCCAGAACCCCCUGAAAAAGAUCUGGAUGCCGUACAGUAAUGGGCGGCCCGCCCUGCACGCCUGCCCGCGCGGUGUUUGCAUGACCAACUGCCCGACACUCAUUGUCAUGGUGGGCCUGCCUGCCAGGGGCAAGACCUACAUCUCUAAGAAGCUGACGCGCUACCUGAACUGGAUUGGGGUGCCCACACGGGAAUUCAACGUUGGCCAGUAUCGCCGGGACAUGGUCAAGACAUACAAAUCUUUUGAGUUUUUCCUUCCAGACAACGAAGAGGGCCUGAAAAUCAGGAAGCAGUGUGCCCUGGCAGCCCUCCGUGAUGUCCGGCGGUUUCUUAGUGACGAAGGGGGACAUGUGGCGGUUUUUGAUGCAACAAAUACCACCCGAGAACGGAGGGCGACCAUCUUUAAUUUUGGAGAACAGAACGGCUACAAGACCUUUUUUGUUGAGUCCAUAUGUGUGGAUCCUGAGGUCAUAGCUGCCAACAUCGUGCAAGUGAAGCUGGGCAGCCCUGACUAUGUCAACCGCGAUAGUGAUGAGGCCACAGAGGAUUUCAUGAGGCGCAUCGAGUGCUAUGAGAAUUCGUACGAGUCGCUGGAUGAGGACCUGGACAGAGGUCUGUCCUACAUCAAGAUCAUGGACGUGGGACAGAGCUACGUAGUGAACCGUGUGGCUGACCACAUCCAGAGCCGCAUCGUAUAUUACCUCAUGAACAUCCAUGUGACCCCCCGCUCCAUCUACCUCUGCCGGCACGGGGAGAGCGAGCUCAACCUCAAGGGCCGGAUUGGUGGGGACCCAGGACUAUCUCCCCGGGGCAGGGAGUUUGCCAAGAGCCUGGCCCAGUUCAUCAGUGAUCAGAACAUCAAGGACCUGAAGGUCUGGACGAGCCAGAUGAAGAGGACAAUCCAGACAGCCGAGGCACUGGGUGUGCCUUACGAGCAGUGGAAGGUCCUCAACGAGAUCGAUGCGGGCGUCUGUGAGGAAAUGACUUACGAGGAAAUUCAAGAUCAUUAUCCACUGGAGUUUGCCCUGCGGGACCAGGACAAGUACCGGUACCGGUACCCGAAAGGAGAGUCCUAUGAGGACCUGGUCCAGCGACUCGAGCCUGUCAUCAUGGAGCUGGAGAGGCAAGAGAACGUGCUGGUCAUCUGCCACCAGGCUGUGAUGCGCUGCCUCCUGGCUUACUUCCUUGACAAAGCGGCAGAACAGCUUCCCUACCUCAAGUGUCCGCUGCACACGGUCCUGAAGCUGACCCCUGUGGCUUACGGUUGUAAAGUGGAGUCCAUAUUUCUGAACGUGGUGGCUGUGAACACGCACCGGGACAGGCCUCAGAAUGUAGACAUCUCGAGGCCUCCAGAGGAAGCCCUUGUCACAGUCCCUGCUCACCAGUGACUGCGUCUCGUCCACUGUGACCCCUGGCAGGCAUUGAUCUCUGCAGCUGAGGUCAUUCCAGGACCCCCGUCUGUGUGACAGUCGCCACACAGGAACGCCCUCAAAGCCAUGCAUGGCUGGUGGCACCCAGAACCCCUGCCCCAGCCCAACCCGCUUCCGUGUUGAGUCAGCGACGGGGUCGUACACGGUGCCUGACCUGCUGCUAAAAAUCCUUCAGCCAGACUGUGUCUGCCCCGGGCUGGUGAGAGGUUUCCUGUGCCUGCUGUCUCUGUUGCAGCUUUUAGGUGUUCUCUCUCACUGGUCGGGUUGGCUUUGUGAAGUGUGAAACCCUAAAAUGUGAAACAGAAAGCACUUGCUGUGAUGGGCCCACCGUGGCCAAGCUGCAGGGUGGACCUGGGGACCCCUGCAGGGGCUCUGCUCUCCUCUCUGUGACCUCUUCUAGGGCCAGAGGCAAGGUCUUCAUGGGAUCCUGAGCUGCUGCUGCCUCAGGUGAGAGGGAGGGCCCUUCCCAUCCUGCCCUGCCAGGAACUGGAGAGCUUCCGCCAAGGCAGACGUGCCCACUGGCCAGGUGCUUGUGUCCCUGCCACCGCAUUUGAGGACACUCAUGAAAGCAGUGUGCUCACUUCAGCAUGUUGUGAUGCACAGAAGCAUUCAGGGUGCGGAGCACGCGUGGUCACCCCUUCCCAGUUGUGUGUACACUGGAAUCCUUGCGGGAGCUGGGGCCCAGGCCGGCCCUUCCCCACUGCUCUGGUGGUGAAACCACGUAAAGCCAGGGCGGUGUGUGAGUUACUCUUCCCAGUUCACACUCCCAUGUGCUCAAGGGAGGGGCUGCCGUCCUGUCUGCCCCCUCUGGCUGUGCCGCCAGGCUACCUCCCACUCCUGCUGCCUGUGUCCACAUGGGAGUGGACACCAGUGACAGGGACAUGCAUUUGCUGUGAAUGAUUCAGAAAAGCUUGUUGUGGUCCUGUACAGCCUGUCCUGUCGUUUGUGACUCCACGUGGGGGGCGGAGCAGGGAAAAGGUCAGAACCCAGAGGCAGCCCCUCUCCAAGGGAAGAUUUUCCCAGCGACUUCACUGCUCUUUGUUCACAUGCACAGGAGCCUGGUAAAAAUUACCUUGGGGAGUCUGCCGUCUGUCACGCCUCUGAGUUCUUUUGGGCCCAGAGAGACAGCCUGGGCAGCGGGUUCCAGCUGUAUUUUAUAGCUGGGCAAAUGGACUGGCCAGCAAGUCAUGGGGUUAGGUGAGAAAGUGUCUGAUUUGUAGUCAGAUGCCCUGCUGCCCACAGGUGGUCCUUGGUGAAGUCAGGCCCCAGGAUCCCAAGCCCAUUUUGCACCCAGAAUCUUUCCUGGGCUGUGCUUGGCAGAGCAGCCACGUUUCCCAGCCCCCCAGAGCUUUGCAGUCCACAGGUGCCACCUGUCCUUGAACGAAGUUGUGUUCCUGGCCCCACUGGUAUUCUCAGCUUCGUAUGCUGCAGUACCUGUGGACAAACACGGGUGGAGAGGUGUCCAGGGUGGGGCUGGGGAAGGAUCCUCCUUCUGGACUUGUUUCCUGUCAGACCCCCAAGCCCCUUAGACCCAAAGCCAGAGGAGCUUGCCACUGCCUUUGGGAUAUAGGGACUGCAGCCUUUGUUUCUGUGUUCCCCAGAAUUUGGGUGACUUUUGGUUACCUGGGCACACUCACUUGUUGGCCAUAAUGGGUCCCUUCAGUCAGUGGCAUGGACAUCUGAAUGUCCGCACCUCUCUAGAACCUCAGGCCAGCAAGAUCAGCAAGGCCUUUUCUCUCUAUGUCCAGAAGUCAGUCAAGAGCUGCUUGACCUGAAUGUGUUACAAGGAUUGGGAUAGGGCAGAGGGAAGUCUGGGGUCACAUCCUGAGCUGGGGCGGCCCCUCCUUGCCUCUGCCCUGGAGUGGUCUCUGCAUGGGCAGCAACCCACCUGGUGGGCUGCCAGGUUUUAGCUGGGAUGGUCAAUGUGCAUGUUUCAGACCUUCUGCUCUCUCUGGAAUGGGUAGUGUUGGAUCUCAGCCACCCAUCAGACUGUGUCCGGCAUUCUUUGCAAUAAAUACUUAAAAAAAUAAUAUUAAUCUAAGGUUGUAUCUUGUGGCCAGCUCUCCAUUUGUCAAGUGUCCUUUCCGGCCAGUGCUGCAGAACCGCAUGUUGGGGUCUCUCUCCUAGGUCUGUGU